GUGCAUGAUUGUACAAGAAGCACAUACCGUCGAAGUCAUAUGCACCACGAGUUAGCUCAUAUACACGUAUCACAUCCAGGUACGGAGUGCAAACAGCAACGAGAGAGAGAGAGAGAGAAAGAUAGAUAGAUAGAUAAAUAGAGAGAGAGAGAGAGAGAGGGAGAGAAACAGAGACUGAGGAGGAAGAGGAGGAGGAGAAGAAGGGGACACGUGUGUGCAUUUACGACUGUCAGCAGAACGUAGGAGCACGGAGUUAUCUCCAUAAUGAUCUUCGAGAUCACCGAGAUCACGCGACGCUAGGAACGCGGAGAAAAAUUCAUAUCUACCCGAUAUCUAGUAUAUAGUAGUAAUACUAGUAAUAUUAUAGUAGUCAUGGGUUAUAUAUAUAUACCUAUAUAUAUAUAUAUACUUAUACUCUUCUAUACCGUCCUACGUUAGUUGUCCCUCCGACUAAGACGGGAGGACGAUAGGAUUACGUGGAAAGUCAGGCCUGACUCCUCGAUCGAGCUUCCCGGAAGAACGGACCUUCAUCGGCACAGGGAUGACUGCUUCCUGCCUGAUCCUCGUUCGUUCUCUAAGCAACAUCAGCAAAAGCAUCAUCAACCACGAUGAUCUACUACUCGUUGGAAAUUUUCAAGAUGGCGAUCCAUCAGACGUAGACAUAUAUACAUACAUACAUACGUAUAAAUAUACAACAUAUUCAUAUGAUAGUAACUCGAGAAAGAAGGAAGAUAUUAUCGAAUAAAGUAUUCAAUUUCUUAUCAAAUCGAGCCAAUUAUCUAGAAACUCAAGGAUUUACCAGGAGUGGACGUGUUCUUUUCCAACGACAGACAUCGUAUACAUUAUACAUAUUUGCAGCGAAGGGGCUGAAGAUGAUGUCGGUAAAGAAAGAAGAGAAAAUAAAUCGGGGGCGAAGGUGGAACGUUCUUCGAGGAAGCAUAUAUAAAGAGAAAUAGAGAGAGAGAGAGAAAGAGAGAGAGAGAGAGAAUCAUCGCGAAUAUGAAUUGCAGUAUUGUUCCUAUCGCUAGUCAUAAUCAUGAGGCGUGUACGAAAAUCGAUAUUGGAUACAAGAAUCGCAUACUCACUCGAUACGAUACUUCACGCUCGAAAAAAUCGAUGCCGAACACGAAGAUUAGAAGCCGAUUUCCUUUCGCGUCGAAUUCCACGUCUUCUCAGUCUGACGUUCUUAAGGUGUCGCAUCUUGUGGACGAAUACAACAGCACAACGUCGUUUCACGUUCAUCCUCCUUCUCCUUCUUCUUCUUCUUCUUCUUCUUCUUCUUCUUCUUCUCCUCCUUCUCUUCUGCGCAUAGCAUAUAAUAAAGUUUUUCUUCAUCUACAUAGCUCCGAGCAGCUAUGCCGUCCUUCGCGGAGGAGAGCGCCGGACUCGCCUUACCUCUUCCUCCUCCACUCUUGGAUCACCCCCACUCCAUGUAAGAGCGCCACUACGAUCGCCUGGAACUACUUGUCGUUUACAGUGGAACGAAGCGGAAUCGGAAUCGAAUGGUACAGAAUGGAACGAAACGGAACGGAAUGGUACGGAACAGGAACGGAACUUUAAGCGCAGCUGCGUCGAGCAGCUGACGCGGAAUCGUUUGACUUACUGCUGCUCUUUGCCCUCUUUUGCUUUUUCUUCUUAUUCCUCUUCCUCUUUUUCUUCUUUCCCUUUUUCUUCUUCUUCAUCAUCAUCAUCAUCAUCAUUAUCAUUAUCAUCAUCAUCAUCAUCAUCAUCAUCAUCAUCAUCAUCAUCAUCAUCAUCAUCAUCGUCAUCGUCAUCGUCAUCAUCAUCAUCAUCUUUUUCUUUCGGUCAAGAAGAAGUUUCCGAGAGAAGAUUAAAUUGCGGAUUUAUUUUCUUAUUUCGUCUGAAUAGGUGAGUUUAGAGUUUGAGUUGCGCGGGAAUCGCCAUUUUGGAGAUUCUCCAAGAUUCUCUUUUGUUUAUCCCCUUCGAAGAAACCGCACGCGCGUCGUCCUGUCAAAAACUGACGGACGUCGCAUAGUCCUACGAUCGUUUCAUCGUCUGAUCAUUUCCAUAAGUAGAUAUAAUCAUUAUAACGUAAAUAAUUCGUAAAGGAAAAUUAAUAUAGCGUUUAAUUUGAUAUUAACGUUGUCAAUAUUAAUCCAAUUUUAUCUUUCCAACAGAGUCGGUCUAGUAAUUAGCAAAGAGAAGACUAGCAGAAAGAAAUUCUUGUACCACUGGCUUGUCCCCACUUUGCCACCCACCAUCGCUGAAACAAAACGUUAACGAGCAUCGACUUUAAACGGAGUACCUCUCGACGGAGAGAGAAGCACCUGUUGCUCCUUCGCUUCUAGGAAAAGGACUCUUUCGGUCUGCUCUUCUUCUUCUUCUUCUUCUUCUUCUUCAUCUUCUUCUUAGUCUUCUUCUUCUUUAUAGUCUUCUUCUUCGUCUUCUUCUUGUCUUCCCUUUGUGCCGCACGCUUGGUAAAAGAGACACGGAGGAACGCGUCUUCGGUAGCAAGCUCACUCGUUCGUUCUCUCAGCCGCGAGUUAUCCGGUAAACUUGCGUUGGAGGGGUGCAGGAGGGCAAGGGGUCGAAGCCUUCCGCCUCUCCCUUCUACUUCUCGGCCUUCCUCGGCCUCUCCCAGGCUCUCUCUUUCUGGCUCUCACUCUUUCUCUCUCUUUAUCUCUCUCUCUCUCUCUCUUUCUCAUUCUUUCUCCAUCACUCUCUCUCGUUACAUGUUUCAGUCAUUCUGUCUCUGUUUCUCUCAUUAAUUUUCUGUUUCUCUUGCUCUCUCUCUCUCUCUCUAUGUUCGUCUCUCUCAUUGGUUCCCUCUCUUUCCAACUCAUUCUCUCUCUCGCGCUCAUUCUCUUCUCUCUUUCUCUCUCUGUUGUUCCCACUCGACCACUUUGCCAUUCCACUUCCCGAGAGUCCGGCGCGCGCACGCGCGACUCUUCCCAGACGCACGCUUCGAAAGUACGGUGUUACGCGGCGAAGAGGACCGAUGUCAGUUUCGUGCCACCACGAGUCCGAAGAGGAGAGAGAGCGAGAGAGAAAAAAGAAAGAGAGGAACGCGCUCACCGAAAUGUCGUCUCAUCCUCGCGAGUUAUUCUCCCUCGUUCUAUCUCUUGUCGUCGAAGAUCAUCGUCGUUGUUCCUCUUCGAUCCUCAGUCGAUAAAUAUCUUCGCGUAAGAGAGAGACAAGACGUUAGCGAUUUAUCGAUCAUUGAAGUCUCUCUCUCUCUCUCUUUCUCUCUCUCUCUCUCUCGCUCUUUCUCUUUCUCUUUCUCUCUCUCUCUCUCUCUCUUUCUCUCUCUCACUCUCUUUCAUAUCUCUAUCUGUUUCUGUCUUCUUUCGAGAUAUCGUUUGGAGAUCUUUCGCGCGAGAUCUUUGCCGAGCUGUGCGUCGUUUUCUUUCUCUUUCUUUCUUUCUAUCUAUUUUAUUCCCUUUUUUCUUUCUUAUUUCUUCCCCACUCCUUUUCCUUUCCUUCAUUUUUUUCUUCUUUUCCCUUCCCCUCUCUUCUAUUCUCUUCUAUUCUCUUCUCCUUCUCGUUUAUUAAGAAGAAAAUGACGGAAGUGUUAGCUCCUAGAAAAGAAAUGUAUCGGAACGCCUGUUGUCGCGGUGUGUACUCGCGAGUUUUUCACGGUGCACUUCGGGUGGACAAGUUUUAGGAUCACUCGGAAAAACGUCGACGUGAUAAGGAAACGAAUCUAUAUUCUCUGCCGAGGACAUCCUGCGCAGGAUAAGGAUAAGAAACGUCGAAGAAAGAAGGAAAAAAAAAAUCUUGAAGAAAGAAGAAAGAAGACUAAAAGAAGCAUAAAAUAGAAAAAUGGAGUUGGUAUCGCUAACCUCAUCGACACCCUUGGCGUUGGCUUUGGCCCUGGCCUUUCUAUCAACGGCACGUCGUUGCGAUGGUGCAUCAGAAAGUAUCAUAGGAAGCAGGGAGACGUGCGACGUCGAGGGCGAAGAUUUCACCGUCGACAAGAUCCCGAACACAAGGUGUUUCAAUUGCAUUUGUAAGAACGGAUUCGUUGAGUGUUUGAAGCAUCAAUGUCCCAGUACCGAAGGUUGCUAUACCCUACUGGAAUCUCGAGACGACGAGUGUUGCCACAGGUGCAAAGGCUGCCUGCGAAACGGAGUUUAUCACGAGUCCGAGACAGAGUGGACCGAAGGAAAUGACCCAUGCCGGAUCUUCACUUGUAAAGCUGGGGUUAUCACCGAAUCUAGGCUACGAUGUUACACGCCUUGUUCGAAACCAAUACCAGCUGCGCCUGGACAAUGUUGUCCCGUAUGUCCAGGAUGUUACGUGAACGGUCAAAAAGUAACGGCAGAGAGAUCUGUCACCACAACGGAGGAUCCCUGCGUGACCUGUAGAUGUAACAUGGGCCGAUUAACUUGCGCCAAACAAGCCUGUCCCGUUCUUCAUUGUCCAGCUUCUAGAAUCGUUCAUGAAUCCGGAGAUUGUUGUCCUCAUUGCAAAGGCAGUGGAAGGUUCCUGUCACCUCCCAAAGGUGCUUGCAUGUUGGGUACAGCCGUUCAUAAUUCUGGUUCUCAAUUCUACGUCGACGAAUGUACGCGUUGCAUUUGUACCAACUCCGUGAUAUCGUGCACAAAGGAAACAUGUCCGGUAUUGGAAUGCACCAGCGAGCAUCAGAUAACGUUGCCGAGUCGUUGUUGUCCUCAGUGUCCUUUAGUCGAAGAAAGUCGGGCAUCUUGCACGUACGGCGGCAGAACUUAUGGGGAUGGCGAAACUUGGAAGCUUGAUUCCUGCAAGGCAUGCGCUUGCAUGCAGGGUAAGGUACGAUGUGCCAUGCCGAUGUGCCCACCGUUGAACCUACCGUGUCCACCGAACUCGAGAUUGGAGCAUCCCGAAGGACAAUGUUGUCCUCGUUGCGUGGAAAGUGACGGUGUGUGUACCGUGUUCGGUGACCCCCAUUACCGCACCUUCGACGGUAAAUUCUUCAGCUUCAAAGGCGCGUGCAAGUAUCAGUUGGCUAGCGACUGCGUCGGACAUACGUUUAGCAUACGCGUGACGAACGACGCAGGCUCGACGAGAUCUUCGGCUUGGACGAAAACGAUAGCCAUGAAGAUCGGCGAUCUGAAGGUGAAUCUGGGUCAGAAGAUGAAGGUAAAAGUGAACGGUAAGAAGGUCGACGUGCCGUACAGCGUGCCAAACAAGCUCGACGUUAACAGAACGGCUGACAGCAUAGUCGUAAACACGCAGAUUGGUAUCAAAGUUCUUUGGGAUGGUAUAAGUUUCCUCGAGAUAUCAGCGUCUACCUCGUACAGAGGUAGAUUGUGCGGUCUCUGUGGAAACUUUAAUUCUUUACCGAAAGACGAUUUCACGACACGACGUGGUAGACUCCUACAGGAUCCUCAACCGUUCGGUCAAUCCUGGGCGGUUGGAGCAAAGAAGAUGUGUGCUCGUCCGCGCACGGUUAAUCCAGAGAGGGAGAGACGUUGCAGAGGGAGGAAGGAUCAUCGAUUGUGCAAUCGCCUGAGGUCGCAGAUCUUUGAUCCCUGCCACAAGAAAGUCAAUCCAACGAUGUACUAUAAAGCGUGUCUUCAGGAUAUGUGCGAGUGCCCGACCGAGCACUGUUAUUGCGAGUCUUUCAUGGCGUACGUUCACGAGUGCAAGAGAUUGGGUAUACAGUUGCCACAUUGGAGGAAAUCGACGAGAUGUCGUACCGUUUGGGAUCAAUCGAACGAUCCUGUGCCUUUGGGCAAACGUUUGCAUUAACGUUUGCUUUUUCGCGAAAGAAGUCGAUGGACGAUAACGUGUAUAUUUUUUUUUCCUUUUCUUUUCUUUUUCUCUUUUUCGCGUUUGUUUUUUUUUCUGUGUAUUUUUUCUUUCUCUUUAUUUCUUAUUUUGGUCUCUCUCUCUCUCUCUCUCUCUCUCUCUCUCUCUCUUUUUUCUUUUCUUUUUUUUUCUUCCUCCUUCCUCGCGUAUUUAGAGAAGAGACUCGUCGCGUGCAGCACGUGCACGUGUUUUUACACCCGUGCGUUCCUUCUCUAUAUCACACGUUCGCGUAUCAUUUUGUAUGUACACUCGCUCUUUCCCUCUUCUCUUUUCUUUAUAUAUAUAUAUAUAUUUCUUUCUCUCUCUCUCUCUCUCUUUCUCUCUCGUUCGUUCGUUAACUUUUUGACAGCGCUAUACCUAAUUCGUCCACAAGCACUGCAAUCUGUUACGAUUAUGUGCUCCAACGACGAAAAUCUACUAGUCAGCAUUUAAACGUCGAUACUACUAUACGCAUUAAUGGUGAACGAGCUCCUCCUUCCUCUCUUAGCGAAUUAUCAACGAUGGUUCUCCAAGCUGAUAAGAGUGUAAUUUUUAAGGAUUACUUACAAGAACAAAAAAAAAAGAAAAAAAACAGGAAAAAAAGAAAAAAAGGAAAGAAAAGAAAAGAAAGUCAAAAAAGAAGAAGAGAAGCAAAUGAAAAAGGAAAAAAGAAAAAAAAAGAAAACAAAGAUACGCAACAACGAAGACACCAAGAGAAUACUCAAGAUUCAGCAUGGGUGCCAUGGGACUGCGUUUAUCCAUGACUCCACGAGAAGAUUAAGAUCUCGUUAUGUUCGAAUUACUUUGAGAAAUCGUCGAGAUUCCUUCUCGCCAGUGUCCAAUCAUUUUUUUGUUUUUUUCGUUUACGUAUGUUCAAGAACGAUAAUAAUUUUUUUUUUAACGAACGUUUAUAAGCGGCAAUGCAAUCAACACACGACGUAAUUCAUUUCCCUAGCGGCGAUUUAUUCAUUUUAAUGUUACAGAGCACCGUGCAGUAUUUCGGCCGAUGAGCAGGCUCGCGGCAUAGCAUGUACAUAAGCAUACAUACGUACAUCUCCAAUGUAAUAACAUUCGAACGCGCAUCGAUCGAAUUUUUCGAUUAUUUUAGGAUUAAGACGCGAUUUUUCUUCUCUCUCUCUCUCUCUCUCUCUCUCUCUCUCUCUCUGUCUAUCUGUCUUUUUCUCUUUUUCCGCGUUCUUUCCUUCCGAUGCCUGCGAGUAUAUUUUAUAUAUAUAAUAUAAAUAUAUAUAUGUAUAUAUAUAUAUAUAUAUAUAUAUAUAUAUAUAUAUAUAUAUAUAUUAUCUACGUAGCCGAUAACAACGCUGACUUAUUUUAGUUUAGUUCUUUACAUAUCGCAAAUAUUGUAUAUACGCUGCAAAAGAUAUGAUUUUUAUUAUUAUUAUUAAGUGAGCGAUCUCCUCGCCUCGACCUUUUCUUCUUUUUCUUCUUUUUUGUUUUUUCUUUCUUUCUUUCUUUCUUUCUUUCUUUUUUUCUUUCCUAUUUUUUGUUGUCUUCUUUAAAUAUUUUCUUUUCUUUUGUAUUCCCUCUCUUUCUUUCUUUUUUCUUCUCUCUCUUUCUCUCUCUCUCUCUCUCUUUCUAUCUCCUCCUCAUUUGCGCCUACCGCUGCUUUAAGUAAACUAAACUUCUAAUUAUUCGAUUUAUCUCCAAAAUGUACAUAGAGAAAGUAUGAUGUAGUAAUAGACAACGUUGCAAAAGAUGAA